CCAGAAGAUACAGAAAACAUAUCGGCAACGACUAAAGAAUGCCUCCCAGGCUAGCAUUACUGGCAGUGCAGCACCCGUUAUGCUACUCCUACUCAGAGCCCAUAGCACAUACUAACGGGUCACAAAACGGAAUCAAGUCCGGCGACCCAAAACCCCUUUCGUCGCUAGCGAACCCAGAGACCAUCGAGGACAGGGUGAGAUACCUGUACGAACAUCAACAGAUAACAAACCUUCUCAACGAGUACGCCUAUGUCCUCGACGCGUGCAUGGUCGACCACGCCGCCGCGCACAAAUGGGCCGCCCUGUUCACCGAAGACUGCGCCGUCACAUAUCCCUUUGGCAGCCACAGAGGCCGGGACGGGCUGGCACAGUGGGCGAUGAACGCCGAGACGAGGUUCUAUCGGAUGCUGAAGAACCUUCCCGCGUACUCUAUAACACAAAAGGUUCUUCUCUCGCGCAUCGCCGCAAAGCAUCUAACGCCCACUCGCAUCCAGCACUCGUCCUCCAACGUCACCAUCUCCUUCACGUCCGAGAACACAGCGCACGCCCGCUCCGCGCUGCACGCCAUCUGCGGCACCGACGGCGACGACAUCGGCAAGGUCUUCCAGGAAGGCGGGUACUAUUACUGGAGUUUUCGAAGGGAAGAUCAGGGGCAAGGUCAAGAACAGGGACAGGGACGGGGCAAGUGGAGGAUCUCGUACCUGUUCCUCGACGUCAACUGGACGAGUGGCGAUUCAUUGGGACUGAAUGAGCCGGGCGCGGCGGACUAA